AUGACCCCAAGCGCGCCUCAGCUACCCUCCCGGUUCCCAUGCUGGUGUCGAGCUGUCUAUUCGUGGGGCGGAGAAACUAAGCGUGAUCUGGGAUUUAUAGAGGGGGAUCUCAUAGAAUGCCUCAAUGCCGGAGAUGGUCAGUGGUGGAUGGGUCGGUUACGACGAGAUAGACGCAUGGUGGGCCUGUUUCCAUCCAACUUCGUCGAGGUCCUAGGGGAGGAUUUCGUUCCGGUCAGUCGGACAACAACAGGCCCAAUGGUUCAAGCAGCUCAAUCGCCGAUCACAAAUCCUACGUCAGCUCCGAAAAAGCAAAAGACGGUAUUUAGGAAGCCAUUCCAGGCACACAAAGAAGCGCUUGCGCCCUCGGGCGAACUCGCAAGGAACGGGACUUCAACAUCCCUUGUCAAGAGUUCAAUCCCGCAAACACCUCCUCGUGAUGGCAGUCAACCCCGGAAAGUCAAGCCUCUGCGCACCCCCGCGAGCUCAAUGAGGCAAUCAACUCCUACUGUGAAGUCUUCGCGAUCCAGGCCUCCUUCACGUGCGAUAUCCCCUCGUCCCCCGCAAGAACCCGAUCUGCCGUCAAUAUCCACUCCUAUCACCUCAAAUCAAACAGUCUCCCGACCCAGGCCUCCCUCGCGAGCAGUCUCCCCCCGCCCACCGGAAGCCGAUCCACCAAUCCCCACUGGGCAGGAUCUGGUGAUUUAUAGGCCUCCCUCUCGUGUAGCAUCUCCUCGACCUAUGGAUGAGUCUGAUAUGAUACCACCUUCGGUACCUAGACACAACGUAUCUCUAUCCCGGCCAACUUCCCGCGAGAUCUCUCCGCUGCAGCUUCAGGAACGUGAAGAGUCGCCGCCACCGCCACCUCCUCCCCCACACAGAGUCGCUGUCAAUCGUCAACCGUCCAUGGAGAUGGGUGUCCCCGCUCGCUACGAUAUGAACGACCGUUAUGUGACAAUACCGAGGACCCCCUCUCCGGCGGCACAUUCAGAUGUAAACGGACAUACACCCUCUCCCCUGCGAGAUGCAAUGGAAGAUGUCAUGACCUCUUUAGAGGAUAUGGGCAUGUCCCGAGAGACUCAUUCGUCAUCUCCUCAACCGAUGUUUGAUAACCCAUGGUCACCAGAUGCUUAUGAAAGUCUACGGGACAGUCGAUCUUUGCAGAUCAUGAAUCGCCCAUUGACCUCAUUGGGAUUUGAUGGUGAAAAGGAGUAUCAGUAUCAUGGUGGCCAGCCACAUAGGGGCAGCGUAUACGCGCAGGACCACUUCCUUGACGGACCUCCACAGUUGAACAACUACGUGCAAAGGAUGGAAAGCCGGCUUCGUCAAAUGCAGGAGCAAAGCCGAAGAGGAUCUGAAGAUAUAGAAAUGCCAGAGGAUGAUGAGGAACCUCCUCCGCCACCUCCCCGAAAUGUUCCUUACCACGGGAGACACAACUCCAUUCCGGCCCAGUAUCCCUAUCUAAAGAACCGCCGUUCUGGGCAAGACAUGAGAGCGGAGAUGCUCAACCGGAGCUACACUAAUAAGUCGAGUACUACAAAUUCUUCGAGUGGGGUGCAGAGUAACGGUACCAACAUAACAACUAGCACCGAAAGAACCAGUCAGAGCCUGAUGAGUGGUCCAUCAGCCGGCGGAUUUAGUGCGACCAGCGCAGGGAGUUAUGCCCGGAGAGGAACCGGAGCAAAUGAGCGACCCAAUACCGCACUGGACACUUUCCGCACAAGAGGCUUCAGUGAUGUAUCAAAAGUUGUGCGGCCCGAAACCCCCCUAACCGGAGUAUCGUAUCAUUCGAGUCAUAAUACCUCUCGACAGGGCGCUUCGUCAGCCGUUCCCUGGUCGCCUUCGGGCACUGGACCGGAGGAGUCUGCUGGAGUAUUCGGAGGUCUUUCCACCCCCAAAGCCAAGAAACAAGGGUUUUUCAAAAAGAUCUUUGAAUCCGCAAAGACCGGUGCCGCCAAUGCCAGAAGCAGCAUCGCAGUGGGGCAAAAUGGCGGGUCCUAUUCACCUACGAAGGGUAGAGCGAUUUCUCCAAUCCGCUCUUCACACUCCCACCGUGACACUGCUCGGGAGAUGGGACUCGGCAGUAAUGGUAUCGAUUGGGUCCAAGUGCGGCGCGAUGUAAACCGAGCAAGCUCUCCCAGUCGAAACGAAAGAAUGGAGAGAGUUGAGCGGUGCCAUAUGAUGGAUUAUCCAGUUAUUUAUGCGGUAGAGGAGCUCUAUGAGACCGCUGAGGGCGAUGAAAGCAUUGAUGGUUUACCAAUCAGUGAACCUACCAACUUUGGGUCCGUCAAUCUCUCUCUUGUCGACAAGAGUGCUCGCUUCGUGAACAGCCUCCCCCCAAUGACCAACCCUAUGAGUCUCGCGCAAGGGUAUGUCUGUCGGCCUUACAAGAGUGAUGUUCAAAGGCUUCGCGCCAUCUUUACUUGGGUCAGUGAAAAGAUUGCUUGGGAUGAACCUGUUGAAGAAGUCGGAAUGGACCUCAAGCGGGUACUGCAGACAAAAAGGGGAAGUCCUCAAGAAGUUGCAUUCCUCGUGAGAGAAAUGUGUGCCGCGGUUGGCUUGCACGCCGAUGCAAUUAAAGGGUAUCUUAAGUCUCCUGGCGAGCUAUUUGAGCUAGAUAGCCUAUCCCGAGCCAAUCAUUGGUGGAACGCUGUACUGGUUGAUGGUGAAUGGCGCAUCAUGGACUGUUCGUUAGCAAGCCCAACCAACCCGCGGAGGAGUCAAUUCGUUACCAACAAUCCUGCCUCGGCAGAAAGUUGGUAUUUCCUCGCCCGUCCUCUUGAGAUCUGCUAUACGCAUGUACCUCUUUCUCAUGAGGAACAACACAUCUGCCCUCCCAUUUCCCCCGAUGUGCUUCUUGCUCUGCCUACCACUUGUCCAACAUACUUCAAGAUGGGUCUGCAGUUUCCUGAUUACGAUACCAGCGUUGUCCGAAUUGAGGGUCUCGAGGUCUUACAGAUCCGUCUAUUCGUACCGCCAGAUGUAGAGUGCGCCGCUGAACUCGAAGCUCCCGCUUUCGCCCGGGACGCAGAUGGUGACUUCUUCGAAAGUGGAGAGAUAGUACGCAAGCGUGCCCUGGUUCAGCCCGACUGGGUCAGCGGUCAAAAGCGUAUCACUGUCAAAGCCAUCUUACCAGGCGACGAAGGACAGGGCACGCUCAAGGUGUAUGCGGGAAAGAAAGGACUGAUGCACUCCAGCCGGGAUAUUCCACAUCCUCUAGCCCUCGCUCUCCCAAUUGUUCAUACUGGGGAGAAUCCACCAUAUGAUUUCGUGCUCCGUCAUCCAACCCCUCAUGCCCAGCGUCAUGAUUUGUAUAUCAUGCAGCCCCAGUGUGCAAGGCUUGCGGUCAACAAUACCUUCGUCUUCGCCGUACGGCAGCAUCCAUCCUCCACGUCGUCUUCGUCAACGAGCAAUGAAGCAGGUGUCAGUGGGCGAAUCUCUCCGUCCGUGUUUUCUCGACCCGCUAGUGCACUUAGCAUGGUCUCCAGCUCUGCCGGUGGGUCCUCUGUGUCCACCGUCUCCAACGAGUUCUCCGCGUCGACGUCAGCUAUCUCUUCAGGUCGGUCGGCCUCCGGGCGGGAGAAGCCGGCCAAAUUAGCGAUACAGUCGCCAUCAGGCAAGAUCCUGCGGUUGACUCGGAAAGCCGACCACAUGAUCAGUGCCAACCCCAAUGCCGAAUCAGGCACCGAUGCUACAGCGGACGGUAGUGUCUGGGAAACGGUCAUCAAGAUUGGGGAGCGGGGAACCUGGAGAGGCUUGGUCCUCGCAGAUCGUGUCGCCCGGUGGUGUGUCUUCUGUGAAUGGGAAUGUUUUUAG